AUGAAAAUAGUUCUGUUUGUGUUUUUGAUCUCAACAGUUUUUGCAGAGCUAAAAACUGACUUAAUUUCUAUUUCUAUGAAUUGCCCACUAUAUAGCUGUAAGCCAGAGCAAGUAACUUUUGCUGACCAAAGCGUAUGUCUACAGAUAUUUGGGUCAAGCUAUUACUCUCGUGCCUGCGAAUCUGGCAGCACGUGUGAUACUACUAAUGUCAUGAGUGGCCGUGCAAGCUGCAUUCAUGAAACUCCUAAGGAUCCUUCCCCUAGAUAUAAUGGUGAGGUCUGCAUUAUCGAUUCUGACUGCAUGUCAGACUACUGUGCUGACCAUAUCUGUAAGCGAUCUGAAGAAGGAGAUUCAUGCAAAUCAGACACUGAUUGCAAUGCAGGGCAGUUUUGCUACACCAAUACAACUUCAGCUGAAUUUUUUUGCGUUCCUGUCUACAAAUCAGGAGAAGCUGGAUGCACAAAUGACAACCAAUGUGAGUCAACAUGCGGAUGCAGAAUUAUGGAUAAAAAUAACAAUGAUAAAAAUACAUGCAUCCCUUAUUUUAGUUUACCUGAUUACGAACCUUUAAUAGGGUGCCCUCAAUAUGGACUAAUAAAAUUAAUAUGCUCUUCUGGGUAUUGUUGGGGAAACACAACAACAAGUAUGUGCAUUCCAGCCCCAACAACAAACGGUACUGUACCUCUUAGUUGUGGAGACGAUUCAGCCUGUAUAAGCACAUCUGAUGAGGUUACUGGAGCUUCUUUUUCGAAAGUCUGCAACUGUGGCUAUAAUAAAGAUGGCCAAAGCUACUGCAAUCUAUUUUCGGGAGAUGCACCUUAUCAGAGCUUCUUGGAAGUACUUAAAGAUUGGCUUUCUUCUGAACAUGUGAACAAGUGCAACACUGAUGCCCGCUUUAGUUAUUCUUGUAUUGAAAGCUAUUGGAGUGAGAAAAAAUAUCAUGAACUCAAAUAUUGGUCAACGUAUACAAGCUUAUAUCCUAAAGUUCAAAAUUCUGACAACUGCACUUUAGCUGUUAUGUUUCCGGAAUAUUAUAAGCUUUAUGAUCCAAAUGCAACUCCUGGGGGGAAUGAUAAUGACGAUAUUGAUGACAGCUCUGCAGUUGAAAUUGGGCUGAUAUUUGCUUUUCAUCUUGGUUUAUUAAUCUAA